GACCUAGUUCGUAGACACCUGCCCACACACCAGAAGCAGCAACAGCCCGCGCACUCUACUGAUUUGUGCCGUGCAAGGCCUGAUCCCUCCAUCCGGAUGGAUGUCCUUCGACACCAUGUCUGAUCUGAAGCCAUGGGAUUUGAGGUUCAGACAUCUCCGCCUAUAACCGGGUUUUCCAGAGUUUUCCCUUCAUAUCCAGCUACCGACGACAUCAGUUGCACUCUGCUCAGCCUCUGACCACCACCAUGUCUCUCGAGAACAAGUCUAUGCCUUACGUACGCCUGGGAAAGUCCGGUCUGAAAGUAUCGAAGAUCAUCCUGGGAUGCAUGUCGUACGGCAGCAAGGGCUGGAGCGAGUGGGUCAUCGACGACCAGGAAGAAGUCACCAAGCACAUCAAAUACGCAUAUGACCAUGGGAUCCAGACAUUCGAUACGGCAGAUGCGUACUCGCAUGGCCUCUCUGAGGUCAUGCUCGGCAAGGCUAUCAAUGAACUCAAGCUACCCCGCGAGGAGCUCGUCAUCCUCACAAAGAUUUACUUUCCGAUAGCGCCUGAGUACGACAUGAACAUUUGCUACAUGAAACCCGAGGACUUUGGUGUGAUUAACCAGAAGGGCCUCAACCGCAAGCAUAUCUUCGACUCUGUGAAGAAGAGCCUUGAGCGCCUGCAGGUGGACUACAUCGAUGUCCUUCAGUGCAAUCGGUUUGACUACGACACGCCUAUCGAGGAGACGAUGCAAGCCCUUCACGACGUCGUGCAAGCUGGCUACGUGCGAUAUGUCGGCAUGAGCUCGUGUCAUGCUUAUCAGUUUCACGCGAUGCAGAACUACGCCAUCCAGAACAAGCUUACGCCGUUCAUCUCGAUGCAGAACCACCACAGCCUCGUCUACCGAGAGGAAGAACGCGAGAUGUUCCCCACACUCAAGAUGUUCGGCGUCGGCGCGAUCCCGUAUUCGCCCCUCGGCCGCGGCACCCUCACUCGCCCACUCUCCGCGCAGACGAAGCGCGGAGAGAAUGACGUUUUCAUAGGACCCUACUCGACAUGGGCGGGCACCCCUGACAUCGUUAUUCGGGUGGAGGAGCUCGCGGGCAAGAAGGGGGUGAGCAUGGCCCAGGUGGCGAUUGCGUGGAGCUUGGCGAAGGACGACGUGACGGCGCCGAUCGUGGGCGCGACGAGCCUGAAGAACCUCGAGGACAUUAUCGGCGCGAUCAACGUGGAGUUGACUCCGGAUGAGAUUAAACACCUUGAGGAGCCGUACAAGCCGCUGGCGGUUUGUGGCCAUGUCUGAGGGGAUGAACAUCUAAGUUGAAAUCUCGACGACCGGUUCAAUGUUGUGCGUGAUGUAUGUAACUGAUACAAUGAGGGCAACAGGUGGCUUGUAAGUAAAUGGAUGAAUGCAGGCAUUCCCUGCGACUGUGCACG